AUGAAGACAGUGUGGAAGGUUCUCCUGGGACUGCUGGGUGCUGCUGUGCUUGUCACCGUCAUCACCGUACCUGUGGUUAUGCUGAACAAAGGCAAUGAUGGUGCAGCUGACAGUCGCAGAACUUAUACUUUAAAUGAUUAUUUAAAAAAUACUUUUAGAGUGAAGUUCUAUUCCUUACGGUGGAUUUCAGAUCAUGAAUAUCUCUACAAACAAGAUAAUAAUAUCUUGCUAUUCAAUGCUGAAUAUGGAAACAGCUCUAUUUUCUUGGAGAACAGUACAUUUGAUGAACUUGGAUAUUCUAUACAUGAUUACUCAGUAUCUCCUGAUGGACAGUUUAUUCUCUUUGAGCACAACUAUGUGAAGCAAUGGAGACAUUCCUACACAGCUUCAUAUGAAAUUUAUGAUUUAAAUAAAAGGCAGCUGAUUACAGUUGAGAGAAUUCCAAACAACACACAGUGGAUCACAUGGUCACCAGAGGGCCAUAAAUUGGCAUACGUUUGGAACUAUGAUGUUUAUGUUAAAAUUAAACCAAAUUUACCAAGUCAGAGGAUCACAUGGACUGGAAAAGAAGAUGUGAUAUAUAAUGGAAUAACUGACUGGGUUUAUGAAGAGGAAGUCUUCAGUGCCUACUCUGCUCUGUGGUGGUCUCCAAACAGCACUUUUUUAGCAUAUGCCCAAUUUAACGACACAGAAGUCCCACUUAUUGAAUACUCCUUCUACUCCGAUGAGUCACUGCAGUACCCAAAGACGGUGCGGAUUCCAUACCCGAAGGCAGGAGCUGUGAAUCCAACUGUAAAGUUCUUCAUUGUAAAUACAGACACCCUCAACUCAACCACCAAUGCAACUUCAGCACAAAUCACAGCUCCUGCUUCUGUAUUAAUAGGGGAUCAUUACUUGUGUGAUGUGACUUGGGUAAACCAAGAAAGAAUUUCUUUGCAGUGGCUCAGGAGGAUUCAGAACUAUUCCAUCAUGGAUAUCUGUGACUAUGAUCAAUCCAGUGAAAGAUGGACAUGCUUAGUGACACGGCAGCAUAUUGAAACAAGUACUUCUGGCUGGGUUGGAAGAUUUAGGCCUUCAGAACCUCACUUCACAUCUAAUCGUACUACCUUCUACAAGAUUAUCAGUAAUGGAGAAGGCUACAAACACAUUUGUCAUUUCAAAAUAGAUAAUGAAGCCUGCACAUUUAUUACAAAAGGAGCCUGGGAAGUCAUAGGAAUUGAAGCUCUUACCGAUGAAUACCUAUAUUACAUUAGUAAUGAACAUAAAGGAAUGCCAGGAGGAAGAAAUCUGUAUAAAAUCCAACUGAGUGAUGUCACAAAAGUGAAAUGCCUUACUUGUGACCUGUACCCAACAAGGUGUCAAUACUAUUCUGUAUCAUUUAGUAAAGAGGCAAAGUAUUAUCAACUGAGAUGUUCGGGCCCUGGUCUGCCCCUCUAUACUCUGCAUAGCAGCAGGACUGAUAAAGAACUGAGAGUACUGGAAGACAACUCAGCUUUGGAUAAAAUGCUUCAGGAUGUUCAGAUGCCCUCAAAAAAACUGGACUCCAUUGAUUUGGGUGGAACAAAAUUCUGGUAUCAGAUGAUCUUGCCUCCCCAUUUUGAUAACUCCAAGAAAUAUCCUCUACUUUUAGAUGUCUAUGCAGGUCCCUGUAGUCAAAAAGUAGACUCUGCCUUCCGACUCAACUGGGCUACUUACCUUGCAAGUACAGAAAAGAUUAUAGUAGCUAGCUUUGAUGGCAGAGGAAGUGGUUACCAAGGAGAUAGGAUCAUGCACGCAAUAAACAGAAGACUGGGAACAUUUGAAGUUGAAGAUCAAAUUGAAGCAGCCAGACAAUUUUCAAAAAUGGGAUUUGUGGAUGACAAACGGAUUGCAAUUUGGGGCUGGUCAUAUGGAGGAUAUGUAACUUCAAUGGUCCUAGGAUCGGGAAGUGGUGUGUUCAAGUGUGGAAUAGCUGUGGCACCCGUGUCACGCUGGGAAUACUAUGACUCAGUAUACACAGAACGUUACAUGGGUCUCCCAACUCCAGAAGACAAUCUUGACCAUUACAGGAAUUCAACAGUCAUGAGCAGAGCUGAAAAUUUUAAGCAAGUUGAGUACCUCCUUAUUCAUGGAACAGCAGAUGAUAACGUUCACUUUCAGCAGUCAGCUCAGAUCUCCAAAGCGCUGGUGGACGCUGGAGUGGAUUUCCAGGCAAUGUGGUACACUGACGAAGACCAUGGAAUUGGUAGCAACACAGCACACCAACAUAUAUAUACCCACAUGAGCCACUUCAUGAAACAAUGCUUCUCUCUUCCUUAG